AUGUUUCACAUUGUGGACUUUAUCUCUGCGGAGAAGAAGGAAACCGAAGUUGUGCCUUCAUCAUGGGUCCAGGAUGGCAUGAGCUACUGGCCGCCUUAUUCCUCCACUGAACGCUGCACAAGGGCAGUAAAACGUCAAGAAGCACCUGACGAAACAUGGGGUCUGUUUGAUGUGAACAUCAGGUACACAAGAAACACGUACGAAGAGGCUCGCCAUAAGCUUCCUAUGGCAGUGGUUCAAUCGGAUCUGCAGACGGAGGAGGAUGACCGUCCUGCAUAUAUGAAGAGAAGAGGAAGGGGCAGGAAUACGCAAAUAUUCAGUGACACUGAAAGUGAAGAUGAACCAAGUGCCAAGUUUCCACGCAUGGACCGGUCGUCAGUCACCUCUAAAGCUAUUCUUCGUAAGAUAUUAACCUCAAUGGAGAUCCUUAAACAGCAGCGAAGGCAGAUUUUGCUGCAGCUGCAAAAGCUGCAGGCAAAUGCAUCAAAUUCAUCAUUGGAUGAAGUUCCAGAUAUGACCAACCUUCGACUUCCAAUGUCUUCGCUGGAAGAUUUGAAGAGAGUUGAGGGACAACUUUCAGACCAAGGCAUAAAAAAGAACUUGACCGCAUAUUUGGGACAUCUGGAGGGAUGACCACCAAGGAGAAUGUAUGGAAAAUACUCUCAAAGCUCCUUACAAAUGCCCUGGCCAUGAAAAUUAAUUGGAGAGGGGCCAAUGGGAAACAGGCUUUUGAACCUCUUGCCUUAAAAAGUGUUGUCAUCGGUAAGUUUCAUGACCACUGGCUGGUGCAGAGGCCCAACGUCACAGAAAUUAUUAUUUGAAUCGAACAGGCUGUUGUUUGGAUUGUCAGAAAAGGACAUUCUUAACAACACAGUUUAUAUGAAAGAAAGAAUAUAAUGAAUGGGAUAUAUUUUACAAAAAGCUCUUGAUUAAAAUCAAAAUCCAUUAACCAUGAGUAAUAUUUCAAGGACUACAUUUAUUCAUAUAAAGUUCCUGAUGCGGAAAUAGAAAAGUACAUCAAGCGAUGGAUGCAGCUAGCCGCAGACAGAGAUGGAGGAAGAAAAAGGAGAGAGCGAGGGAGAAGUGACCAGACCAAAGAGUGAUGCAUAUCCCAGAAUACCUGGCACAGCUUAACAAAAUAGAUUGUAAAUCCAAAAAUAAAAAUUUUAUUCACGUAGGCUACGCCUAUGAGUUUUUCCUUUUUAAGUAGCCUAAUAUUAUCGAUACUUUGUGAAAGGCAAUUGAUCAGCGUUAAAGACGUUGUGGAUUGGGAUGAAUUUGUAGGCCUGAGUGUAAAAUGAAUAAUAGCGUAAUAUUUUAUUUUAAAAAUCCACAUUUGGGUAAUUUAAAUGUAGUUAAAUGUCCAUCGGGCCGCUUCUGGGGGGAUUCUGGUGAGAUGCUGGCAUUGUCGGUUAUAUUCCGGUACACGGAAUCGGCCCGAUUUACACGGGCCGAUUCUGGGCAGUCAUUCAUUUUGAUUCCGGCCCGAGUCCGACAGCCGAUUUUGGGCCGAUUCAUUAGGUACUGGCAGGCUGAAAAAGGGCCGCUUCUGGGCCGAUUCCUCCCUGCUAGCUGGGUGCUAACUUAGUGUCUGCACUGCACUGAGAUGCUACUAGCUAGGUUAUC